CACUCGCCCGUUACAUAUCUCUCUCCUCGAUCGCCCUACCGUAGGCAGGUCGUCCCCAUCGGAGCGUGACUUGCAUGGCUUUCUUUUUUUUCCCUUUUCGGGGAUUCGGGUUAGGAUUUGCUCUUUACACUGCGACCCAUCCCAUCCCCUCCCCUCCCCUCCUCCGUACCGAGACUACGGAACCGGCGGGGAUAAAUAGGGGUUCUUGUUUGUUGAUGUGUAUAUGUGCGUGUGUGUGUGUGCGUGCUUAUUCCUACCGGUUAUGGCGGUGGCGAGACGGGCUUGUUGGAGAGGGGAUGGAUGUUGGCUUGUUCCGUUCGGGGUUCUUUGUCUUGAGCAUACAUACAUACCAGGUACGUAAUGGGGAGAGAUAGGGGUUGUAUUACGUAGUAUGUCACCUUGUUUAGCUGCAUAAAGUGAAGUAGAUUAUUGGCUCGGCACCCGAUGUAGCUAGUUUUCUCGUUUUGAUUAUCAGGCCUACGUCAAGGGCUUGAGUUUGUAUGCCGUCUAGGUAAUAUUGUGUAGAUAUCUAGGGC